CCUAAUAUUUCGAACCGGAAAUCGCUCAAUAUGUCAUAUGCCAAAAAACACUAGAUUUGUUUUACGUAAACAAUAAUAAAUGCUUUCAUUUAAUGAUAACUAGUUUCGAUUUUAAGAAAAGAUACUAUAUUGUUUAUACCUGUAUACGGUGUGUGUUUCACUGAGGAGUACGAUGGCUGACAACCGAACCAUGCCUCUUCAGUUUGCACCUUUCAGCAGUUUUCUGGAUGGAGGCUUCUGGCAUCAGCUGUGUCACAACAAAGUCAAUGUUUAUGGUUUAGACGAUUCUGCCAGGCCCAUAAAUGCAUCAUAUUAUAAUGGGGAUGCCAGUGGAAUGCCUUGCAGAAUGAGCUUAGAACAUUCAUCAUUUGAUAUGUCCAGUAAGACUCCCAGCCAGUAUUUCCGUGCGGAGGGCCAUCUGUACAACAAGAACACCCUUGAGGACUUCAAGAACACAGACAAGAAACAGCUGCUGGACCAGGAGGGAGCUCAGGUGUGGAAAGCAAUCACAUCUGGAGCUGCACUAGAGAACACAACACAACUCUCCAGGCUUCUGCUACUAACAUUCGCAGACAUCAAGAAGUACCAUUUCUACUAUUGGUUUGCCUUCCCCUGUGUGUGUCCUGCUCAAGACUUCACCCUGGUCCGCCCUCCACAAACACUGCUGCAGGCUUUCACACCAGAACAGGCUGACCAGAUAUUGGAGAGAUACAGGGAGUUCCAGUCCAGGGGUAAGGAAGGUGUAGCAUUCUUCAUCAUUGUUGAAGAAGCCUGUACCCUGUCAGUUGAUACACUUGCCUCUACUGAGAGACAUAUGCAAAAAGGGCACAAGGUGCUGUUUGCCUUUGCUGACCCCUGCACCCUUGAGCAGCACCCUGGCUGGCCCCUCAGGAACUACCUGGCCCUUAUUAUACAUCACUGGGGCAGUAAGCUCCCAUGUGUGGACGUCGUGUGUUUCCGCUAUCGUAGCAAGGCAGGCACCCAUGAUGCCAGUCACAGUCUGGUACUGCAGGUGAAAAUCAGCCCGAUGGAAGACUCAGAUACAUCUGACCUACCGAAGGUUGUUGGAUGGGAAAAGAAUGAGAGGGGCAAACUUGGUCCACGCUUUGUCAACCUUAUUGAUUCCUUGGAUCCAACUAGGUUGGCUGAAUCAGCUGUGGACUUGAACUUGAAAUUGAUGCGCUGGCGACUUCUGCCAAACCUUGACCUAGAAACUGUAUCCAGUGCCAGGUGUUUGUUGUUAGGCGCGGGAACUCUGGGCUGUAACGUUGCCAGGUGUCUGCUGGGCUGGGGCGUGCGUACAAUCACACUGGUAGACAGCGGUCGAGUGUCUUACAGCAAUCCAGUGCGUCAGACGCUGUUUGUGUUUGAUGACUGCAGGAGUGAACCCGGUGGACGCCCUAAGGCGGAGGCUGCAGCCGAGGCCCUGAGGAGGAUCUUCCCAGGCGUGAAAGCUGAAGGUGUCAGUUUGUCCAUUCCCAUGCCAGGCCAUGCAGUACCAGAAAGUGCUCAACAACAGACAAGGCUUGAUGUAGAGAGGCUGGCUAGUCUUGUUUCUGCCCAUGAUGUUGUAUUUUUGCUCCUUGACACUCGGGAAAGCAGAUGGCUCCCCACUGUAAUGGCUGCCGCUAAUAACAAGACUGUGAUAUGUGCAGCUCUGGGAUUUGAUACAUUCCUAGUGAUGAGACAUGGAAACCAGUCAUACUCAGCACCGAGUCCCAGCUCACAGCAAAACUUGCCAUUGAAUAAAGUGAUAGCAGGAGACCAGCUAGGCUGCUAUUUCUGCAAUGAUGUUGUAGCCCCAGGAGAUUCUACAAGGGACCGAACUCUGGACCAGCAGUGCACAGUGUCACGGCCUGGCAUGUCAUUCAUUGCAAGCGCGUUUGCGGUCGAGCUUCUAGUCUCCGUGCUUCAACACCCGGAAAGGGGCUGUGCCCCUGCUGACACUGGGGACACUGAUACAGGGUCAGACACUGACUGCCCCUUGGGGCUGGUACCUCACCAAAUACGAGGUUUCCUGUCCAGGUUCCAGCAGAUACUUCCAGCCAGUCGAGCCUUCGACAAAUGUACAGCCUGUUCACAUAAGGUAAUAGAGGUGUUCCGCAGUGAAGGGUUUGAGUUCCUGCUCAAGGCGUUCAAUGAGCCCCACUACCUGGAGGACCUGACUGGGCUCACUGCCAUGCACCAGGAGACUGCGCAGGCUGAGGUGUGGGACUUUGAUGAUGAGGACUCGUUUUCCAGCAUGGAGGCCACCUGAUGUCUUGAACCUCACAACAGACAUACAAGAGCCGCGCUACGUGAAAAUAUGGCUUAAUGCAUGUGUGCUAAGUGUCAUCCUUGUUAAGCCUGUGCGGACUUUUAAUUCCGCUUUCAUGGAAUUCUUUUGUUUAAAGGAAGUCUUUUCUAAACGAAAAUCUGGUCUAGGUGGAAAGGGUCCUCACUAUUUUGCCUGUGCAGACUGUACAGGCUAAUCUGGGGCAAAAUUGUACUCUUAUGCAUUAAGCCCCGUUUUCCCAGAGCAAAGCUUUCUUUGUUUAUUGGGAAUGGACUUUCAUCAGGAAAUACUGUCAUUAUGUUUUGUGAUUUAAAUUUUUAAAGUCUAUAAUUUGUUUGCAUUACAAAACAUCAUUUUGAAAUAUUUUAAUAUCAAUGAAAAUAAUAUAUGUGCCAUGUUAUAAUUUAGACUGAAAGCAAAUCAUAUUUAAAUACAUGUAUAUGUUUACGUAAAUCAUUAAAACCACGUUGCCCCAAUAAUAAUAAUAAUUACUGCUAUCAAAAUAACUUACCCCACUGCUGCAUUUAUGACAACUCGCGUUUUUUACAUGUAUCAUAAAUUGUUAUAUGUGUUCUUCUGUUAGUAAGAAUUUCAAAUUAAAGAGAGACCAAAGUCGUCACCUUAAAAUGAGCACAUAGCAUUCACCUUCCAGAUUUUUGGCAGACAUCAAUUUGUAUGUCCCAAGUUUAUGAGGGGAGGAGGGAAUAGAUUUGCCCUUGUUCUAUCCAGCUUUCCAUCCUUCCCAUUUUUUUUUUGUGGCACGCAAAUCAGAAACAAUUUGAUGCUAGAGUGAAUAAAUUUUGCAAAACAUAAAGUAUCAUCCUUUAAGAGGUUGCAGUGGUGUAGUGGAUAGGGUUCCCGCCUAGCCAUCUGGAGGUCACUGGUUCGAUCCCCACUGUGGGAGCGUUCUUUAUAUUUCCACAUUCACACCAAGUACUGGUUCUACUCCCUAAAAACGGACUUGAGAGCAUUUCAAAUAAACCUAAGGCUUUCUAUGCUAUCAAGCUUAAAUAAAUAGGUUUUAUUCUA